ACUUUCAGUGUCCCACCGACUAUAAGAGCUCGAAAUCCGCCUGGAUGACGUCGGCUAUUUUCAAGCAAUGGCUUCAUAAGUCAUUUGUUCCACAGGUUACAUCGUUUUUAAAGGAGAAAGUCUUACCAAUUAAAGCUCUCCUCCUAAUCGACAACGCUCCUUCUCACCCAAAUGAAGCUGAACUGACAACGGAGAAUGGGCAAAUUUCGGCAAUGUUUAUGCCACCAAACGUUACUCCCCUCAUUCAUCCAAUGGAUCAGAAUGCAAUAAAAAUCACUAAGCUGCAUUACAGAAAUAGCCUUCUAGCUUCAAUAGCAGCGACAAAGUCUGAUUUGCUCGAGUCGUUGAAAAAAAUUUACUUAAAGACAGCUAUAAAUCUUUUGGAUGCGGCUUGGUUUCGUGUUGGUGAAGUAACAUUAACUAAGUGCUGGAACAGUAUUUUAAACUUUGCGGUAAAAAAUGAUGAUCCCGAAGAUAAUGUUCCGUUGGCGAUUGAAUUCACGUUACCAGCUAUUCAUGAAUGGAACGAAGAUAUCGAGGAGGGCAAUGCAGAUGACGAUCAUCAGCAAGAGGACGAAUCCGAUGAUGACAACGUAUCAGAGCAAUUGGAGAAAAUUAAGCCGACUGAAGCUGUUGAAAUUUUCGACAAGGCGUUAAUAUGGGCUGGUCAUGAAGACAUCGAUCAAAAUGAUAUGAGUAUGAUUAAUGAAGUUACAAAUAUAAUUACUUUGAAAAUGGUGUGA